AGUGAAAGUAAUGCAAUCUUUAUUGGGAGUAGGAAACAUGAAGGUGAGUCGAUACAGUAAGUAAGCCGCCAAGCAUAUUGCUGGGCACAGAGCAGGUGUGCUACAAAAGUUAUUUCUCAGGCUUUCCUUCCUCUGAGCACCGUCCUCCAGAGGGUCCGGAGUGUAGCUGGGGGUUGGAGCAGCAGCCUCCUAGGCGAUGGGACAGAGCCCACAGUGUCCGGUAUGCCAUGAUUUCUUCGUCAGACCCUGGGAACCCAAUGUCGCAAAAUAAACACGGCCGCGUUGCUAAUCGCCAGUUCGGAGGAAACAAAACAGCGCUGCGCUGGGGGAUCUGGGCAAAAUCAGCCCUCCCUCCUCCCGCUCCUUCGCCGCGGCCCUCCCCUCCUCGCGCUGCUCUCGUUCGCUUGACUCAGCUCAGCUCAGCGCAGCGCAGCGCAGCUUCGCGGCCGCCAAGCCGAGCCUGGCACGGUCUCCGAGUCGCCGACGCCGGCUCCGAGCUCCCUCUCUCCGCCCCGGCUCCGCCAGGUCGCGCCUUCGUCGAGACCACUUCGGGCAGGAGUCGCGUGGCCAAGGCCGGCGGCCUCGGCACAAAGUUGGGGGCCGCGAGGAUGAGGCUGUCCCUGGCGCCCCUGAAGCUGAGCCGGACGCCGGCACUGCUGGCCCUGGUGCUGCCCCUGGCCGCGGCGCUGGCCUUCUCCGACGAGACCCUGGACAAAGUGCCCAAGUCAGAGGGCUACUGCAGCCGUAUCCUGCGCGCCCAGGGCACGCGUCGCGAGGGCUACACCGAGUUCAGCCUCCGCGUGGAGGGCGACCCCGACUUCUAUAAGCCGGGAACCAGCUACCGCGUAACACUUUCAGCUGCUCCUCCCUCCUACUUCAGAGGAUUCACAUUAAUUGCCCUCAAAGAGAACAGAGAGGGUGAUAAGGAAGAAGACCAUGCCGGGACCUUCCAG